AUGGCAUCGACACCUCUCACCGAGGGCAGCGGAGGCCCGGCCACCAAGUCCCUUGUUGCCUCCCUCCUCUCCUUCCUCGCCUCAAACUCCCUCAUAAUCCUCCCCGCCCUCUUCAUCACCCGCCUGAUCUACAUACGGUACGCCUCUCCUCUCCGCAAGUACCCAGGCCCAUUACUCGCCUCCGUCUCUCGUCUAUGGAAGGUCCUCUCCACGGCAUCGGGCCGCACCCACCUCGAGCACAUCGCCCUGCACCACAAGUACGGGCCCGUCGUGCGUAUCGCUCCCAACGAGGUCUCUAUCGCGUCCCCCGAGGCAGCUCGUACCGUUCUAUCUGCCGGCAAGCACUUUUACAAGACUAAAUUCUACGGCGUCUUCCCGCCGCCCGAGAACCCGGAUAUCUUCACCGAGGUCAGGGAGCAUGUGCAUGCUCAGAAGAAGAAGGUUGCCAAUGUGCCGUAUAGCAUGGCUGCUAUGCAGCAGCUGAGCCCCUUCAUCGACGAGUCCAUCGAGAUGUUCAUGAAUAAGCUCGAUGGCUUCGCUAGUCGUGAGCGCGGUGGGAACGGCCAGGUUGACUUGGGCGCUUGGUUGCAUUACUUUGCCUUUGACGUGCUCGGAGAAGUUGCCUUUGGACGAAAGUUUGGGUUCCUCGAGGAAGGUCGUGAUGUUGAGAACGCCAUCAAGACUAUCGACGAUAGCCAAUGGUACAACGGUAUCGUUGGUCAGAUUCCCGAGUUUGAUUACCUUUUCAGGAGGAACCCGCUGCGCAAGUUGAUUCCUACCAUGAGCACCAAGAACGCCCUCGUCACGAGGUUGGCCCUGGCCGAGAUGGAUCGCCGCCAGCCUUUUACCAAGGAUAACAUGGGCAAGGACCGCGUCGGCGACGGCCGCCAGGAUUUGUUGGCUAGUUUGAUCCAGGGUCAUCUCAAGGAUCCCUCCAAGUUUUCCGAGGGUGACGUUUUUGCUGUUGCCCACGGCGCAAUCUUUGCCGGCUCCGACUCCACAGCCUCUACAAUGCAAUCCUUCUUCUGGCUUGCCCUCUCCGACCCCCGCGUCCGCCGCACCCUCUUCGACGAAAUCCGCACCGCCGUCGCCGAAGGCCGUAUUCCUGCCCAUGGCAAUCUCACCUGGGCCCAAUCUCAAAGCCUCACCUACUUCCAAGCCUGUCUCAAGGAAGCCAUGCGCAUCCGUCCCGCCGUCGGGCUUAACAUCACGCGCGUCGUCCCACCUGAGGGAGCCGAGCUUGACGGGAUUUCUCUCGAGGGCGGUACCGUCGUUGCUGUGAACGGGUGGGUGUUGCAUCGGGAUAAGGCUACUUUUGGACAGGAUGCCGAUGUGUAUCGCCCAGAGAGGUGGCUUCAGGAUGAAGAGACGGCUAGGAGGAUGGAGAGGUACAUGUUUCAGUUUGGCGGUGGGGCGCACGUCUGCAUCGGAAGGAACCUCGCUCUGCUGGAAAUCAACAAGGUUGUUCCCAGGAUCCUUCGAGACUUUGAUCUUGAGCUCGUUAACCCUAGCCAGCCUCUGCGGGCGAACGCUACUUUCUUUGUUGUGCAGGAGGGUUUAGAUGUUUAUAUCAAGUCGAGGAGCAAGUAA